GUUUGAGGUUAUAAUUCAAUGUUGUAGAAAGUUGAUGUGUUUAUUGUUAUUCUAUCUGUGAUUAAAUUAGAGCAAAUAACAUUGAAAUAUGGCUACUUCACUAGCAGAACAACUACAGCGCCUUGCUGUUCCUCAGAGUUCUGCUAUAAAGCGCGAUAAGAAAAGGCCGUCUUUGCUUUUCGAUCCCAAGAAAGCGGCGGAAUUAUCCAGGGAAACAUUUUACCAAAUCGGUUUAGAGGGUUUGGAAGAGUUAAUCCAAAAAAACGAAAUAUUCGCACAGUUCGAAACUACAUUAUUUAAUGUCACUGCUAAAGAUUUCGAACGAUCAAUUCAUAACCAAGAAGCUAACGAGAAAUUAAAUAAGAAUAUAAAGAGAUUUCUCUUACUCUUAUCUCCGUAUUUCUUGCUAAACAGCUCCCACAAAGCUUUAGAAUGGUUGAUAAAUAGAUUCUCCAUACACGAAUACAAUCGAGAAGAUUUGCUUAUGUUAUCUUUACCCUAUCACGAUACAAACAUCUUCGUAAGAGUAAUCCAAUUGUUGAGCUUUAAGGACAAAAGGGACAGUUUUUACUUUUUAAAACAGCUGCAAAUACCAGGCAGUCAUUUACCCAAAUUGAACCUUCUAAAUCAUUCUUACUCGAGCAACGAAUUCCUUAAAUUCGUUUCCAGAUUCAUUAAAGAUCUAUUAAAGGUUCACACGGAUCCUCAACUACUCACUGUAGCGUUUAAUUUCUACUGCACAGUGUUUUCCGGAGCUAUAGAAUACAGCGAUAAGCUUUCCGAGGACCAAAUAUCGCAAAUGCUGCCGUUAAUACUGAGUGGUUUGAAUUCGCCGAUACCGGAUUUCUGCGCUGCAACUUACGUAAUAACAGCCAAAUUAGUCACUAAAACAGCCCUGUCGGAUAAACUCCUCGAUAAGUUUGUCGAGAAAAUAACCGAAGUGAAAGUAAUUAGUUUGAAAACCGAAGCUUGCUUGCUACUGGUAGUUAUUUAUCAAUCACAAAAUCAGUAUAACAGCGUUCCAAAAACAGCUGUAAAUCAAUUAACUGCGAAGGAAUGGUUGCCGAAAAUAUUAAGCGAUUUGCAACGAUCGGGAAGUUUUAUUUAUCCUUUUCUGAUGAAAUUGUUCAAUGGGUUCAUAAACGAAGGAGUUAAUAACGAUGAUAAAUUGGCCAGAGAUGUAUUGAAGGUUUGCUUGGAUAAUUUGAAACUUAAGGACGAAUUUGUUGCACCGGUUUUAUUGUCUAUUUUGAACGAAUUCAAACCAGGCAAGGAUGUUUCUGAGGAUAUCAAGAAAUGGUUGGUAGAAAUAUUCCAGAAAAUGGAAACUCAAUACCCUAACGCAUUCGACAAAGAAAUAUACAACAUCCUAUCAAACUCAUCGAAUAAUAAAUCCAUUCAGAACAGGCGAAGCUUAACGAGCAUACUGGAGAAUACUGAGGUUUACAAGAAAAAAUUCGAAUUUUUCGAUAAACUCUACCAUCCUAAUCCUCUAGUAAGAGACGAUGCAUUGCAGUGUGUCUUAAAAAAUUACGAAUCCUUAAGGAGUGAUGAAAAAGAAGCUGUAAAUUCCUAUUUCAUAGACAGGUUGAAAAGCGAUGAUGCAGCGGUUGUUAAGAAGACGCUAAAAACGAUUAAGAGAACCUUUAAAGGCGACAGGGAUUCUCUAAAACAACAAUUAGCUUUACUCGCGCUGAAAUAUCAAAGGGACAAACAAGGUUGGGGGAAGAUUCACAGAGAAUUAACUGCGAUAUUAUUCACAUUUUAUCCUUCCACGGACUGGGAGGUUUUUGUGAUAAUUUUUCCGUUACUCCUUCCAUCGUCAACUGAAGAUAUUGUUAAAGUGAAGAAAUUAUUGGAGAUGCCGUUUUUACUCGAGCACGAAUUGUUUAAAUCUACAAUUGAGAGCCUUAAAGGAAUAAACGAUGAAGAAAUGUUCACAAAUUCAAUUUUAAAAGCACUAACAGACAAUAAAAACAUGGAAACUGUACGCAGUUUUAUCGAAAUUCUAAAGGGAAUGUCCACAAAUUCCUGGGACGAUUAUUAUAAGUACGUUUCAUUUUUGAUUCUAAGUUCCAUAUUACCCGAAGAUUCUGAUUGGGUCGAAGUUGGUCCGAUUCUGGAUUUCCUACCCUCAUUUUACAAUGGAAACCUUCCGAAAAUCGAGUCCCACGAAUCGAUGAUCGAAGAUAUAGGAAUUGCGAGCAAAGGAAAAUUUCCAUUGGGAGGAUUCUUGGAUUGUUUGGUGAAGCUGGUUCGCAGGAUUCGAAAACCCACCGGAGAACUAAAAUCGACUGAUUUCUCCAUCCAGAAUUCAGCCAAUAAAUUCUUCCUCUGGGCCACUAGAACCAUGCUAGAGAACAAGCCGGUGUAUUUGAAGGGUUUUCUAGAGAUAUUUUUCGACAACGAAGAGGACGAAAUCGAGUAUUUAUUGAACGCAAGUCUCUACGAAGAGGAAUCUAUCAAGCUUAAAAUACUAACUUUCGUUAAAAGUAAAAUGGACGGGAUUGUUGGGAUUAUGUAUAAAGCAGCGCUGAUUUCCAUAGAAAAAUUGACGCCAGUGUAUCUGGUUGUAUUGUUAAAAGAAAACAACGAAGUCAUUCGUCAAAUGGUAAUAGAAAUGAUCUCACAUUUAACCGAGGCAUCGUCUAUGAAAAGCUCAUACUAUCCCUUACUAAUCGCUUUGAUUAAGAAUAAAGAAGAGAUACUUUUAGAUCACCAGCAAGUCGCGUUUGUAGUUGCUAAUACUAUUGAUCCGAGCAACAUCAACAAGAAUAAAAACGAAUUAAACCUAAUAAGAAAUCAACUUCUAGCAGUAUGUUGUGGCCCGGAGAGUCCUAUUUAUCUCAAACUUGCUCUCUUAAAUGUACUAGCCUCAACGAACUCCAUAGAGAUACUAGAGGAGCUAUCAAAAUUAGCUUUGAAGAUACUAGAAGACAAUCUGUUAGAAGUAAAAUCGUUCAACGCCCGAAUUUUGACCAGCGUAGCUGAUAAAAUCGAUUCUAGGGUAAUAGAUAAAUUAAAUUUCGCCUCCCACGCAUGGCGGUUUAUCGAAACUUGCAUCAACAACGACAAAACCAUCAUUUACAACGACGCUGACUACAAACUGCCCCUCAGUUUGGUGAUGCUGCAAAAAUUCGACAGGGACUUGCUGAGCUCUCUGACCGAUUCCGAGGUGAUCAAGAGAUGUUUGGACUUGAUCGUUGAGAAAUCCACCACCACGCAACACCCCGAAAUCCUUCUGGCCGCUGCAAAGAUAUUCAAACACGUAGAUUUGGACUCCGAGUGGAUUAUGGUGGGUUUGGUCGCCAUGCGGGACGUCAUGAGCCCCAAAAUCGAUCCUAACAAGAAGAAGAGGCGGAUCGGUAUGGUGCCUACGGUGGAUAUACUCGACACGUUGGAGUGGAAAAAAGGUGUGUCUGUACUGGAGUUUAUUCAAGAUAAGAAGAAAAUUAGAAACCCGGAGCUUCUGAUACCUGUUCUGUUCGAUGUGUUGAAACGUUGCUUGGAUUUCGACGAGCAAUCUGCGGUGGAAUACACCAAACAAUUACUACUGUCUCUUAUUCUGCAUUGCUUCACCAAAAGCGACAAGAAGUUACCGGAGCACGUUUUCAACGUCGAACUGAUUGUGCAAUGCAUAAGAGCGUCUCAGAAUCCCCAAACGCAUCACCACGCUCUGUUGGUGCUAACCCACACGGCUAAUUUGGUUCCCACUCAAGUUUUGCACCACAUGAUGGCCAUUUUCACGUUCAUGGGAUCGUCGGUUUUGAGGCACGACGACGCCUACAGUUUCCAGAUUAUCUGCAAAAUCAUCGACACCAUCAUUCCCAUUAUCGUCAACGAAAGCAAAGACGAGGCGCAAAUCAAAAACGUGGUCAGUGUUCUGAGGGUGUUCGUCGACGCCAUGCUCGAUGUACCCGAUCACAGGCGAAUGCCGCUGUUCAAGCAGCUCUUAGAGCGAAUCGACGUCAAAGAAAACCUCAGCGUAUUCCUGCUUCUGGUGUUCGAAACCAACGUAACGCACGCCAACGUUAACCAGCAGAGGAAAGAAGGCGCCCAGAAGAAACUCGACGUAGCCGCGAGUUUGUGCAAGGAAUUCACCCCCGACAUCGUCCUCUACAACUGCAUCAAAUUACUGAAGUAUUUGUACGAGCUACCCGACGAGAAAGAAGGGAAUUUCGAUACCAACAAAUUAGAAACCAACUUGUACGACAUCGCGAUACGCACCCCGAAAGAACUGCGCCACUACAAAUACGUCCUCAUCAAAUUCAUCGCUAAUUUGCUGAGCUCGCCGGACUUCGUAAACACCAUAGCCGCUUUGAAAGAGGAGGACGAGCUCGCGUUGGAGCCGCUCUUCAAAGACCUCAUCGUGAACGUCCUCCAGUACAUCCAGAGAAUAUCCAAGGUAGCCGAGAGGAGCGCCAACACGCCGCAGGCCCAGUACUGGAAGGUCAUGUUGCAUUUGAGCUACGACGUCCUGGACGGCGUCAACGCCUUGAUAACCUCCCAGAUGUUCCUGCUGGUGACCAAAGGCUUGAUGGUGCACAAAUUGAACACGGUCCGAAGGCGGAUAUUGGAGCUGUUGAACAACAAGUUGCAGUACAACCAGCGGUUCUUCGAGGACUGCGGCGACGGCGAAUUGUUCUCGCUGAUACCGCCCGUCGUGUCGAUAGUGGAGAGCGUGGAAGAGGACAUCGACUCCGAGCGGGAGACCAUCGUGCAAACCGCUCUGCUGUCGCUGAAAUUGCUGGUCAAGGCGCUGGCCGCGCAGGAACCGGAAAAAUUCGUGCCGAUUUUGGAGUUCGUUACGGGGAUUUUGAAAACCGAUAGAGUUCAUAACAACGUGCUGGCUUCCAUGGUGUUGUGUUUGGCGGAAUUGUGCGUGAAUCUCAAAGGCCACGCCAUUUCCUGCCUGCCCGAUUUCAUGCCGGUGCUCAUUGGGAUUCUGAAGAAACAGAAACACGGGGAUACCUCCAGCGUUCUGAUCAGAAGUCUCGUUACCGCCGUGGAGAAGAUUCUGGAUAGUCUACCGUUGUUUCUGAGUCCCUAUUUGGAGAAGUUGCUGAAGGAAUUGUCGUUGCUGAUGUCGAUGUGGUCGACGAACAAAGAAGGACAAGAAGUACAACCGUUCCUAUCGAAACUGAGCAGCAUAAAACAGAAAAUCGGUUCAUCGAUACCGUUAAGAACCCUUCUACCGGCCGUGGAACAGUGCUACAACAAUCUAGUGCGGAAAAAUUGCUACAACGCUUGUUGUUCUUUAAUGAGCAUCCUAUCGGAGAGUAUUUCGAGCGUCCCGAACGCUGAUAUAAACUCCAACAUCAACGAUUUGACGAAUUUGUUCCUCGAAAUGCUCAAGUUCCGCGCCGACAACGAAUGCUCGUUGGACGAGGCCAAUUUAGUGGAAGACCACAUAGUGCAGGCGUUUACAGUAUUAAUACUCAAGCUGUCCGAAAACUCCUUCCGGCCCAUAUACUACAAGAUCUACGAUUGGGCUGUAAGAAGCAGCGACAAGUGCGAUCGGAUUAUAACGUUUUAUAAUCUCUCCAGCAAAAUCGCGCAGUCGCUAAGAGGAUUGUUUGUGCUGUUCGCCGGGCACUUUAUCAACAACGCCGCGGACAUUCUGAACGCUUGUAAUAGGGUGAAAAACGAGGAAUUGUACUACGACGACGAUUCCAAGAAUAUCUUACUGUUGGAGAAAGUCUUGGCUACUUUAGACGCCGUGUUUCUGCACGACAGUCAGAAGUUCGUCAACAGGGACAGAUUCGACGUUCUCAUGCAGCCUCUGGUGGACCAGAUCGAAAACGUUUUGGGCGGCGAGGAGGAGCUGAUGAGGCGCAAUCGAUCGCUCGUGGUGCCCUGUUUGAUACACUUCUCGGUGGCCACGUCCGACGAUGCGCUGUGGAAGCAGGUGAACUACCAGAUUCUGCUGAAAAUGAGGCACGACUCGCCGGGCAUUCGCCUGGCCACGUUGCACUACCUCACCGAAUUCGUGACGAAAUUGGGCGAGGACUUCCUGCCGCUGCUGCCGGAAACCAUCCCGUUCCUGGCCGAGCUGCUCGAGGACGACGAGGAGGAAAUCGAAAAGGCCUGCCAGAAGGCCAUACAGGAGAUGGAGAAAAUUUUGGGGGAGCCUCUGCAGAAGUAUUUUUAAGCAUUAACAGUUGUAAAUAUCAA